AUGGACCACCAUCCAGAGGCCAUAGCGAAGAAACGCGCCGAGCGAGCGCGACGGAAGCACGAGGCGAGUGCCAAGCCGCUGGAGGAGGAUCCCGUCAAUACGAAAGAGGCGAUUGUGCGUCGUUCAUGGAUGCCUGUCAACUCGCAUGCAAGCGCAGGUGCACGACGCGUGCGUAUCGUGAGCUGGAAUAUGCUGGCGCAGUGCCUCGUGCGUCGCGAGCUCUUCCCUGGAAGUGACUGUCUGAAACUGCGCACGCGUCUGCCUGGCAUCGUUGCCGAGCUAACAGAGACAGAUUACGACAUUGGCUGCUUUCAGGAAGUCGACUCGCUGGAAGACAUCGGCCCUCCCUUGACACGGGCGGGGUACGACUAUGUGUAUGAGCGUGGCUACAAGGAGAAGAAGCAUGGUCUCAUGAUUGCUUGGCGACAAAGUCCAGGGGCGCGUACCUCGUUCGGUGCCCCUGUGUUCCGAAAGAUGGUGCGACUCGAUGAAGCCAUGCUCACCCAGGGCACAUCCUCGCUCACACGCAUCACGCGCAACAUCAUGCUGGUCCUUGCCUUGCCGUUUGCGUCUGGUGAUGGCGGUGUGCUGGUGGCUACAGCGCAUCUGUUCUGGCACCCACGAUACGCGUUUGAGCGCGCGCGCCAGGCGGCUGUCAUCAUGCAAGAGCUGAAUGCACUGCGUCGUGGGCAGGAGGCUUGGGCUUCCUGGCCAGUCGUGCUCGCUGGAGACCUGAAUGACCAGCCGCACUCGUCCACGUACUCUCUGCUCACAGGCCAGGCCGAGCGCUACCGCGACCGUAUCUGGACGGACUUGAUGCCGUCUCGUGUCGUGCAUACGUCCGUGGACGAGCUCCGUGGACUGCGAACUGUGCACUAUGCCUCGACCGUCACAGAAUCGGGUGACGAAGACCGUGUGCUCGGGCGGCACCGCCCUCCCGAGGACGAGGAGCUGUGCACGCCCGAUGACCUGAUCCAGCUCGCUCAGCUGUCGUCGACGCGCCCGCACUUUCAGAGCGCGUAUGGAUCAGCGUAUGACCAGCUGGCGCCCCAUGCUGAAUUCUUUUGUGACCGCGGCACAGCGCCUGAACGGUAUGACCAGACCGAAUCACCGAUGCCGACGGAUCCUCGUCAGCUCCAGAGUCACGAGCCGAAGUGGACGCUCCACUCGACCUUGUUCCGCCUGAGCCUGGAUUAUAUCCUUGUAGCGCCCCGCCUGGACGAAGCGGAUGUCCCUGUCAUUACAGCGCUCCUCCCUCUCCAUCCCGAACAUGUGCUGCAGCCGGGCAUCCCCCGCCAAAAGGUAUGCAGCUCGGAUCACGUCAUGCUGGGGGCCGAAGUAGCGUUGUAA